GGGACGCUGAUUUUUAGGUUUCCAUUGCCUUUACGAGCCUGAUCCCAGUUUGAUAUAUAACAUUGAAAGAAGAAGAGGAAAAAAAGCCCGAGUAGCAAACAAAGUGCUACACGCAUGCUUCAAAACGGCCACUGCACAUACCUUCCCAUUUCCUCUCAAGGCCCCAUCUGUCCUCUCUGCGCGCUGUGUCUUCCUGCCGCUCAUGCCUGUCGCCCGUCCAAAGAAGGAGUCGAGCUCGGCCACCCCGCCUUCCGACGACGGCCUCCUCAAGGAUCCACACGCCGAAAUCAGCAAAAGCAAGAGAAAGCGGCAGUCUCAGAGCUGUGAUGCUUGCAGAGCGCGCAAGGUUCGAUGCGCUAGAGAGAACCCCGACGAUCAGAAGCAAUCAUGCAAACAUUGCAUAUCGCUCGGAAUUCCCUGUACUUACGAAUACCAGCCUAAAAAGAGAGGUCCCCCAAAUCUAUAUCUUCGCAGGCUACAUGAAGCCCAAGCAGCGGCCGCGGCGGCUGACAACCAGGUCGAUGCAGAUGGCUCCGCAUCACCGUCAUCGACGGCCAUGACUAGCCCCCAGUCACUCCUGUCCCCGUCGUUUGGUCCAAAGAGUCCCUCUUCGUUUAUGGAUUCCCCGAUACCAGCACUACCCACCGUUCCUUCUAUCCCUAUACCCCCUUCACGCUAUCCCAUCGCGGCAGAUACCUAUCAUUCCCACUAUUCCAGCUCAGUGUCAUCGUCCUACCCUGGUUCCCUCUCUGACACAUCUAAUACCCAGGACGAACCCAAGGGGUACUCUCCUCAACCCGAUUCUUUCAAUACUUAUCCUUUAUAUAAUUGGUCCUACAAACAGCACCAGGUCCUUCCGGUGCAGCCACCAGCCCAAAUACCCCCUCUCUCGUUUUAUUACCGACCGCAUAGAUUGGAGGAAAUUGCUCCAAGAGAUACAAUAUCUCUCAUUAUAGCACUCUUCUUCGAUUUCGUGUAUCCACUCACUCCUUGCGUUCACAAACCGUCCUUCAUGGCUGACCUCCAUGCCCGCCGGGAGGAGCGGGAUCCGCUCUUUUUCGCCCUUGUUAUGUCCACUGUGGCUUCAACGCUCGUUCAGGUUCCCCGUUCCUAUGUCCCAAUGGAUCGUCCGGUUGUUCGGAAGCUCGCUCAGACCUGUCACGAAGCUAGCCGGCAAGUUUCUAUAGCAUCCUACGAUCCACCAACUUCUAUGCAUGUUAUUAUUCGAUAUUUCGAUUGUGUGUAUCACUUCUGUGAGGGUCAUGACGCCACGCAGCAUGCAGCAUUUGGUGAAGCUGCGCAUAUCGCCGUUACUUUGCGUAUGCAUGAAGAAGCUUCGUAUGAAGGCCUCGACCCAAUCGAGAGCGAGAUCAGACGGAGAACUUUUUGGCUGCUUUUUGGAGCCGACAAGUCAAUGUCAGUCCUCCUUGGACGGCCCAUCUGUCUUCGUGACGAAGAUUGCACCGUUCAUUUCCCUAAGGAACUAGAUGACGAAUAUAUCACCCCCAGCGCUUACCUUCCUCAACCACAUGGCAAGACUGCCAUUGUCUCGGGUCUUAACUAUACCUCCCGCAUUUUCGCACUUCUCGGGGAGAUCUUGGUCCGUAUCCGAGUCGACAAGCGCUCUCCACCCCAAGGGCAGUUUGCUACCGCCAGGCUCGAAGAGGUUCAGUCACUUCACGGCCGUAUCCUUGCGGCGUUAAGCCACGCGCCUGAACCCUUGCGACUGAAGCAAACACAUGCCCCUUCCCACAUCCCUCCAGAAUACGGAGGUGCGGUUUUCCGACAAGCGACCUUUGCCGAGGUGAAAGAUUUCUUUGACAAUCCUCAUGCUUCGCGAGCGAAUGCAUUGAACCCAUUCUUGGUCAUGCAAGCGAACUUGUAUGUAACUCAGCAACUGGUCCGAUUUGUGAUUGAACAAUACCGUGAUGAGCUGGUCGUCUCGUUGCAAGGAAAUAUUGAUGAUCACCAAGUCGCCGAGGACCGAGAGGCUGUUGCUAGUGUACUGCUGAGCAUACUUCACAGCAUCCCGAUUCAAUCUAUCGCCACCAAUGGACCUAGUUUGGUCCAUAAGGUGCGCUUUGUCGCAUCUACGCUGCUGGAUGCAGUGAGAAAAGCUGAAAUAGCGCCGGCGUCUGCCGCCCGCGCCCACGCAUAUCUUUGGGAUUUCCUUAGCAUCUUAUCUGAGAUCGAGAGGAACUACUUACUUGACGACGACCGGGAUGGCACGUCCAGUGGCGACGGAAUGGCCAUGAUGAGCUAAAGGAACUCUGGCAGCCUUUCAGCAAAAACAAUAAUCGUAACUGUAUCUAUCGUUUCGGCUUUCCCAUUGUGGUAUACCCGCGCCCUUCGUAUAUUGCUCUAGCUGCAUAACAGCGCUUACUGUGUAUUGUUAAUUAACUCAUCCUGUCGCAUUGUUAUCGAAUAGUACUCAUCAUCUACUUGUGUGUAGCCCAGCUGACCUUACUACCCUUUAGUCGACAAAAUAAAAAGUUGGCUUGGUUACUAUGUCUGCUGCGCAUUUUUGAAUAUAGAU